AUGCCUAAAACCAAGCCUACUAAAAAGGCUGCCACUGGUGGCAAGAGAAAACUCUCUCCUUAUAACGCCUUCAUGAAGGCCGAGUUGCCAAAAGUCAAAGCUGAGAACCCAAACCUUGAGCAUAAGGCUGCCUUUAAGCUUGUCGCUGAACGGUGGAAGAAUAGUUCCGAUAAUCCAAAG